AUGAGGUGGGUGCAACUGUGUGUGUUGCUGUUUACGUUCAGCCUACAUCAAUGUGUCGACAUCACUUAUCGCGUACAAGAAGAGAAAAACGCAGGCACCUACUUGGGCAACGUUGCCGACGAUACACGGAUCAUGGAGAGCAUACCUCACCAAGAUAGUCGCCUCGUCCGUUUCAGCCAGCUGCGGCCAGCCGGAGGUGCUGGUUCUUCCCAGCUGUUCAACGUUAGUGAAACAACAGGUAAACUAUACACCGCCCAGGUUUUGAACGCCGAGGAACUAUGCAGCCUGGACGUUGAAUGUUACCUGAUUAUCGAUAUCGCUGUUCAGGUGGCUGAAUCACUACUGAGACUGUUAAAAGUUAAGGUUAUUAUAGAGGAUAUCAAUGACCAAAAGCCAGAGUUUCCGAGUCAAAGCAUCCAUUUACAGUUCUCUGAAGGAGACAGCACGAUGAGAAAGCCUUUACCAAACGCCGUCGACAAAGACGUAAGUUCAAAGAACUCUAACGUAACAUAUCAAUUAAGGACCAAUCGUAACGAGCCGUUCGUUUUGUCCGUCUCAAAUCGGCUUGAUGGGACAUCAGAGUUGAGUAUAUCGGUAAGAGAGAAGUUAGACAGAGAGGCCAAAGACAGAUAUCUGCUGGAGGUGAUCGCCAAAGACCAGGGAUCUCCAUCCAGACAGAGCAUCUUGUUUAUUAACAUUUCUGUCACGGACUUAAACGAUAAUGCGCCCGUUUUCACACAGAAAAUAUACAACGUAACUAUCAGCAAUGAUGAACCUCUCGCUCCUAUUCCUAUUGUCGCAGUGUCCGCCACUGAUGCCGAUAAAGGGAGAAAUGGCGAAAUAACGUACCGUUUUAGUCCCCGAACACCAGAAGCAGCUAGAGAACACUUCAUCUUGGAUGAAAUGUCUGGAGAAAUUUAUCAACGGAAAAUUAUAACAUCGGGAGAACAAUCAACUUACAAACUGUUUGUUGAAGCCGUCGACGGAGCGAACCCGCCUCUUAGCGCUCUUGGGAUGGUUGUGAUAAGCGUUUCAAAUACCCAAAAUACCGCACCGGAAAUCUUAAUUAAUUUUGUUUCGUCAUCAGCGCAAAAUACGGCUGUCAUCUCGGAGAGUGUAAGCAAAGACAGUUUUAUAGCAUAUGUCCAAGUCAAUGAUCACGACCUUGGUGAAAAUGGUGAAGUCCGAUGCGACCUACGGCACGGAAAAUUUCAACUCCAAAGUCUAGGUGCUAAAGAGUACAAAGUAAUCGUGAAGAAGCCAUUGGACAGAGAGAGCCAGGCCUACUACAAUGUGACUAUCACAUGCCAAGACAAAGGUGUUCCUCCUCUCUUCUCUAAGGCCUCCUUCUCGAUUGAAGUCCUCGAUAUUAACGACAAUGCACCUAUGUUUACUCAGCACAUCUAUACGGCCUCUUUUCCAGAGAAUAACCCUAAAGAAAUGUCCAUAUCCACUGUCACAGCCACUGACCGCGAUGCAGGCAAUAAUGCAGCCAUCGUCUACUUUCUCGAUGACCCCACAUCGCGAUUCAAGAUAGGUGAGCUGACCGGUGUACUGACCGUUGAGUCUAGUUUUGAUCGCGAAGUCGUGUCUUUCGUCAACCUGAAGGUGUUGGCUAGAGAUCUGGGAAAACCCUCUUUCACAGCCAGCGCCACCGUUCGGAUUUCGAUCCUGGACACAAAUGACGUCAGCCCUCAGUUCACGAGAAGCUUGUUCGAGUUUUCCACUUAUGAAAAUCAGCGCCACAGCGUUCCUGUUGGUUUUGUCAACGCCACUGACCCGGACCUCGGACUUGGCGGUCAGCUCAGCUACUCUUUAAUUACAGACGGUAAACACUUUCUUCCGUUUCGUAUUACGAACGACGGGUUUCUUUCUGUGGUGGAACCGCUUGAUCGCGAAGUUCAAGAUCUUUAUAAGUUCCAAGUUAUGGUCGUCGACCAUGGAACACCCCAGCUCAACAGCACUGUUUACGUUCUCGUUAACGUUAUUGACGAAAAUGAUAACACACCUGAUUUUGUUUUCCCCAGUCAAAACAAUUUCAGUAUGACAGUUUACUAUUACCCAUACGCAGAAAAUGAAAUCACAGUCUUACAGGCCCAUGAUAACGACAGCGGCGAAAAUGCGAGACUUCAAUUCGGUAUUGUCUCAGGUAACGAAAGAAAAUUGUUCGCUAUUAAUCGGUACACGGGAGUUUUAUCGUUUGGACGCGCAGCUACUGUUGCCGAUUCAGGAACAUACACUCUACGACUGGCUGUGUCCGACAGCGGUACUCCAAUGCUUUCUUCAACUGCAAACCUAUCGCUAGUGGUAAUUGUUAACAAUGAGACGACCUUGAUACCAGAAGAUUUUCAAAUGCACAAGGGCGUCAUAAUGCAACACAAUUUACUCAUCGUUAUCGUACUGACGGCUAUUACGGCUUCGGUAGCAAUUGUUGUAAUUACGACGAUCUGUAUCCUGCGCCGUAACGACCGGAGGAACCAGCCACCAGGCAUGGGUUUGGGUCCACAUCAAGUGAGUAAACAGUCACGGUGUAUGCCGAAACAUUUCGAUUCUAAUCAUGAUUUGUCGCUAGCAAUGUCGUCUGAUUCCGACCGCAAAAGACCGAUUGGAUUAAGACAUCAGACUUUCCGGGACGAGACGAAAAAUGAGCGUGCGGCGUCUUCAAUGGCUGGAGACAUAUACCAAGCUGCCACUCCUACCAGGCAUCAGGUCAGCUUUCAAGAAGUCAACAUUGUCACCGGAAGAAUGGCCCCUGAUUGUCGAAGCGACGUAUCAACAGGCUCCUCCAACAACGAUAGCGGAAGAGGAUGGAGUGAUGGAGAUGCUGCACCGGCUCCAGAUGAAGCAGAUGGAACAACAACUAAACCGUACCUGAGCCCUCAUCAAGAAAAGCACAAAACCUUUGCCACCCUACAAAGAUCCUUCAAUUCUGCAAACCACUUGACGACAUUGCGCAGUUCAUUCAAGCCGAAUAUUUCGGCUCAGACUCCGUGGGCAAAGGAUUUAUCGAACAUGAAACUAGCCACGGUCAACAACGCUCGUGCCAGUAUAGAUUCCCUGCAACGGAAAACCACAGGUACGUCACCACGAACCGGCCUGAUGCUACAUAUGCCGCACGUGCCACAACCCCGAAUCCCACAGAACCAGACCUGGUCGCAGGGCCAAAUCUCCGUACCGACUUCCCCACAGGUACCUACGAACCUGGGUCAAACUUUAGUCUCGCAGGCAGACAUAGCGCUGUCGAACCAAGGCCCUGUAGAUCAAGGUAGGGCUUGUGGUGACCAUGGGACGCUGGCGAUUAACCACCGGCGACAAAUCGACGAACAGAGUUGCUCGUCCUCGGACAGUGACUUAUACAAAAGCUCACUAAGAUCUAUCUAUCUAUCUAUCUAUCUAUCUAUCGACAAGUAUUUCCGUAAAAAAAAAAUAAUCUCUCUUUGGUUUUCAUAUCUAUCUAUCUAUCUAUCUAUCUAUCUAUCUAUCUAUCUAUCUAUCUGA